UUGUAGAAAGAAAUAAGGAAGGAAAAUACUCCGUAACCAACAUUACUUUCUGUCGCCUCAAACUCCAACUCAAACUCAGGCGUCGUAGCUGCUCUGCAUCUCCUCCCUCCUCUUAAAACCCUAACUACUCUCCUCCGACAAAACCACCAUCUUUUAGUUGCAUCACCACCUCUCCUUCUCCGGCGAUUUUAUUCUCGAUGUUGACAACAGUAUCUAGCUGUUCUGGACUUUACUGACGGGGUAGCUUGAAUGCUAUUUGAUCAGUUUGGAUUGUUGAUCGUGGACGUGUUUAGUUUACUUGUCCUCAUUAAGGAGACGGAGAUGGAUCAAGGGUUUCUAGUGAUGCUAUCGAAUCUGCUUCACUUGCAGAACCACUUGGAUCCCUCCUCCUCUGUUUUCUCUUCUGAUGCCACCUCUUUAUCAAGCUCAUCCACAUCCUCUGUUUCAUCUCUCCUUACCUCCUCCUCUGCGGCCCCACUUCUCUUCUUCACAAUUGCCUCAGUUCUCUCCUUUGUUGCCGCUUCUCGGCCAUCCUCUUCUUCCUCUCCUACCUCCUCCUCCCGCUCUCCAUCUCGUUCUCGGUCUUCUUCCCCUUCUGACCACUCCCUCUCUGCCUUCAGAGCCCUAUCUACUGAGCUCAUAUGGUCCAUGGACCCACCUGUCCGUGAUGCACAGUGGCGCUCUUCCUAUGGCCUCUCCUACCCUGUCUUUACUACUGUUGUAGAUAAACUCAAGCCUUACAUAGCUCAGUGCAACCUCUCACUUCCACCUGAUUAUGCUGUUGCCAUGGUUCUAUCUCGCCUGUCUCACGGUCUCUCUGCUAAAACCCUUGCCAAACGCCACUCCUUAGACCCUUACCUUGUUUCCAAGAUCACCAACAUGGUCACCCGUCUUCUCUCUACUAAGCUUUACCCUGAAUUCAUUAAAAUCCCUGCUGGCCGUCGACGCCUCCAUGAGACUACACAGGCUUUUGAAGAGCUUACCUCCCUUCCUAACUUGUGCGGUGCCAUUGAUUCAACCCCUGUCAAACUCCGUCGCCUUCCUACUGAUGUUAGUGAUCCGUCAUCUUACCAUUGCCGAUAUGGGUACCCUGCUAUACAGCUCCAGGUGGUAGCCGACCAUAAGAAGAUAUUUUGGGAUGUUUGUGUCAAGGCCCCGGGAAGUGUUGAUGAUGCCACUCAUUUCAGGGAUAGUGUUCUCUACAAUAAGCUCAUGUCAGGUGACGUUGUCUGGGAUAAAGUAGUGAAUGUGAGGGGACAUCCUGUUAGGCCCUACAUUGUUGGGGAUUGGUGUUUCCCGUUGCUGUCGUUCCUUCUGACCCCUUUCUCUGGUACUGGUAGAGGCACCCCUGCUCAGAAUACAUUCAAUGCUGCUCUGAUGAAGGCAAGGUUAGCCUCAGUGGAGGCCGUAGGACUUCUCAAAGGGAGAUGGAGAAUUUUGCAGGAUCUUAAUGUAGGUCUCCAUCAUGCUCCUCAAACGAUUGUCGCCUGCUGUGUGUUGCAUAAUUUGUGUCAGAUUGCAAGAGAACCCGAGCCCGAACUUUUUAAGGAGCCCGAAGAAAAUGGGUCUCUUCCUAGGGUCUUGGAAAGUGAGAGGUCAUUUUAUUAUUAUGGUGAGAAUUUAAGGCAGACAUUGGCUGAUGAUCUUCAGCAACGACUGUCGUCUAGAUGAAACCCAAAGAUCGUAAGAGGUAGAUUGUAUGCUGUUAAGAGUUGAUAUACUAAUUGGAAAUAAGGAUGACCUUGGAUUGUUUCUCAAAGGCAUCUGUUAUUUCAGCAUGCCUUGUUGUAAUUUCUAAAUACAUCAAUUUUUUUUGUACUGAAUUGCGAAUGUAAUAGUUAAGAAGAAAGCAAUGCGAAGUCUUAUUAAUCUGAUCCAACUCUUGUAAGCUGUAACUUCUUUUAAGUGACUAAUACUAAUAAACCCUUUGACCUGCAGAA